UCAAGGACAGUCCUCACUCUAAUGUUUUGCACUAUGUUUUCGAUAUGCAUUCAUUAAUAUAUAGUUGCAGUAUUAAAGGAAUAUACAAUGACGACAAAAAAAUUAUUUAACUAAGUUUGGUUGGUUUAUUGGAUUGUAUUUCAUUGACUUUAUUAAAGACCAAAUUCUCGGGGAUAUUUUUCAUUAUGGGAUUCCUCUUAACAAUUUCCUCUAGUGUCCUCCUUGGUCUUGGCCUCUUUUCAUAGGACAAAAAACCAUGAUCUACUCUUUUCACCAAUGCUUCCAGUGGUCAUCCUUAUGUGUCCAAACUUCCUUGACAUAAUAUUUUUGUCAUCUCUUAACCGAUUGAUACCUCAUCUAUAUUUUCUCAUAUGUACUCAUUUUGUAUCUUGUCCUCUGUAGCAUGUUCACACAUCCACCUAAAGUUUUAAGGAGGAUAAAUGUAAAAUUGGUGAUCAAGAACAUAUUACUGAAUAGAAUACUGUAGCUCUUUCUAUACUGCCUAAAUAUAAUCCCCAUCCAAUGGCUAUCCUGACAAACUUUAAUUCUAUUAUCCUGAAUAAGAACUUUAAUUUCCCUAAUACAGUUGAUGUUGUGAGGGGCAAAGGCAAUGAACAACUUUUGAAAUUAUUUGUUAUUGGAUUUAUGGAAUAUAUGUGGUGAAUUAAAGUUUUCAGGAAAUCAAGAGAGCUUAUGUAUUUUAUUAAAAGCUUGUUGCUAAAGUUUGUGUGGCUAGAAUGAGGGGAAUCAAUUUGCAUUUACAUAAAAAGGUGCACACUCAAAGCUAUUUAUUUUCAGUGGGUUGAUCUUGGAAAGAUAUGAAUGCAAAGAAUGAGAUUUAUGUCUGCUUUUUUAUUAGCUUGGAAAAAACAUUUUAUCGAGUGACUUGAUAAGAGUUGUGGAAGGCUUUGGAAAAGAAAGGAAUUCAUUUUACUUAUAUUUAGGCUAUAUGAAGGCAUGCAUUGUAGGGUAACUAAAAGUGUGAGAAGGAACUCAUGGAGGUGGGACUAAGGAUUUUCCUUGUAAGUGAUCAGCAGAGACAAAUUGUCCCUAAAUGCUGGUAUUUUGCCAAUGUUGUCAAAAGUGUGAGUGUGCUCACGAAUUUGCAUGAUCCUGUGAGUAUGGGACACCCAAGCAAGCCAGCAAACACACAAGGUGGAAUAGGGAAGUUGUGCAUUGUAUUGAUCCUGAAAGCGUUUGUGCAGCCUAUGGAUCUCAAUUGCAAAUCAGAACCAAACUUCUUGUGUGACACUGCUAUACACGAUUGUGGUCAUCAUCAACUAUGCAUUACUGUCACUGGUCAUCACAGCGUUCCCAUUGUUGUCUUUGGCCAUCACAGUGUAUUGUUGUUGCGGGCCAUUGCAAGGCUUCUGUCAAAGUUGCCAGCCAUCUCAGCACUCCCAUUGUUAGUUAUGACGCUCACAUCUUCAUCAAAUAGACUUGCAUUGCCAUUGUCAUUGUGGCUGUCAUCAUCAUCUGAUUCUGCAGGCAGUGACAGUAGCUGUUGGGGAUGUGUCACUCUUCACUAUUGCUGGCUGCUCGGAUUGACUAUGGGACUACAUAUAAGUGGAGUUGGAGUCCGGAGACCAAGGAUAUUGGAGGAUAUUAUUAAAGGGAAUAAGGUUAUUGUUAUAAAACAACAAAGUAUUACCAGGCUCUGUGAAAGUUUUUUGUUAUAAAGCAGCAAAGAAUUAAUGGAUGUUCAAUUUUAUUUUUUGAUGUCUAUGCCAGAUAAACUAUAUACAUAUAAAUGCAAAUCAUGUUUAGACAUCGGAGAUUGGGUGUGGGUUGCAUAGCUCCUGCUGCUCCUGCUUGUGAGGGCACAAUUGACUAUUUUCUGAAAGAUACCCUAAAUAAAUUCUGUGCUAGUUAUUAUGGUUGGUAUUUUAGUAUUUAUUCUGUUUUCUUUU